AAUAAUAAAUGUUGGAAGAAGUAAUAAAAUUAAAAGCAUAUAUAAAAGUUGCAAGAAAAAUAACAAUAUGUAUUGUAAACAAUUACGUAUUGCAAAGAAAUAGUAUAGACGGCCGAAACAGCAAAUGCAGAGCUCCGUGUCGGACAUGCGCAGUACGCUACUCGGUGAAUUCCGUUACGCACUUUUUCCUCCGUUACGAGAGUCAAUCCGCAAGUGGCCAGUAGCAAAAGGAAAGGCAAAAAGCAACGCUGGACUCAAAGAAACGGGAGAGAUAGUGUUUAAACGUCGCGGCAAAUCCUCCCCACUUCUUUGAGAGACGCACAAUAGAGAAACGCGUUGUUCGAUCAGACCGUAGUGUUACGUAUGUACGCGAUGCUGAAUGAGUGACGUAAUCUAAAUACAAAUAUCGCCUAUCAACCAAUAGGUUUAGAUCAGAGCAUCACUCUGUUAGGAAAAUAACAGAUACGAAAUAAAGCCACUAAUUUGACUUGCCAAGAGACAGCUACUACGGUAUCGUGUUAACAUCUCGUAAACGGAGUCGAGUAUUGUGCUCUUUGUGCUGACACAAGUGUGCGCCGGUAACUUAGAUUUCUCACAAAGACAAAAAAGAAUGGCGGAAGACUGUCCUGAUGGUGAUUAUCUUGGGGCGUAUAGCCGUUUUUUCUCCGAAUUUGUCCCCGUAACGCGGUACGAUCAGCUGUCUACUUUGGUGAGCUGGUUUAAGUUGUACGAAAAUGAGAUUGUCGGUGAAAUCAUCAAUGUGACUCUACACUGCCUCAACCAGAGGCAUUGUCCACCAAGUUUACAAGGAUAUUUGAUUCGUCAAGUAAUACAAGAAAUGAAAUCCACAUGUAAAAAACAACCAGAAGAUUUGAUAAAUUGCGCAGAAAGCAAUGUGUUUAAAAAAUUUAGAAAAGCAUAUGAUUCACUAGCAUUAAUGGAAGAUGUUACUGUCAAAGUUAAUGUAAUAUGUGCUCGCUAUCUGGACAAUAGCAGAUUGGCAUUAUUGCCACCUCCUCCUUCGUCACCAUUACCACAAGUAACAGCAGGUGGAACCAAAAAUUGUAGAAGAAAAAUGGAAGAUCGCUACGUUGUUUUACACGACUUACACACUAUAUUUGAUAUCGUGCAUGACUCUGUAGCAAAUUAUUAUGCAGUAUUUGAUGGACAUGGAGGACAAGAUGCAGCUGCAUAUAGUGCAUCUCAUUUGCAUCAAUAUUUAGCAGAAAGUAUAUAUUAUCCUACUGAUCCAGAGGUUGCCCUACGUGACGCUUUUCGUGUUACAGACAAUCUGUUUUUAAGUAAAACACAUUCCGAAUACUCACGUAGCGUCACUAGUGGUACUACUGCAGUUUGCACUUUAAUAUUAAAUAAAAAAUUAUAUGUUGCUUGGGUAGGAGAUUCAACAGCUAUAUUAGUAAAACGUGACAGUAUUAUUCAAUUAGUGAAUCCUCAUCGACUUCAUCGUAAAGAUGAGGUGGAAAGGAUACAAAGAGCUGGAGGAGUAGUAAUGAAAAGUAUGGGGAUUAUGCGUGUCAAUGGAGUAUUUAGUAUUUCAAGAGCAAUAGGUGAUGCUCGUCACAAGCAGUCACUAAUAAGCGAACCUGAAAUUAGGUGCGUUGAUCUAGAUGGAACGGAAGACUUCCUGAUUCUUGCCACCGACGGAUUAACAGAUUACUUAAAUCCUGCUGAGAUAACGAGUAUUAUCUACAAUGAAUUGCAACAAAAUCCGAAGAACCUUGACCGCGUGUACCAAGCCCUGUUGGAGUCCGCGAAACGCCUAGGUUCGGGGGAUAACAUCACCGUAAUAGUGGUCCUGUUAACCCCAGCCAGCGUGAUCACGUCCAGGUCGCAAACAAUGAAUUCGGAGGAAAAACCGCUGUUCCUGGACAUCGACGACGCGCAUAACGCGAUCAACUCCAACAUCCUGAAACAGACAAUGAUCAAACAAGAGCCCCGUGAUCACGAGGAUGACGGGAUUCUAGCGCCCAGUAACGGAAAGCACGAAAAUGGCGACGCGGAUUACGAUUACUCGGAUCUGGGGCCCGAAACUGACGUAGACGCCAUCGACGAUGUCGCCACGAUACCCGUUAAGGAUCUCCUCCAACACGAGUUUUUCGUUCACUCGAACGUACUCGACGAUACGAACGUCGACGAGUCCCUUAACGCUAACCUGAACGCCAAUGCCAACGUUACCCACGGACCGAUCUCCGGGAACAAUUUGCACAAAGACGACGAUGACGACGACGACGAUGACGACGAUGACGACGACGACGACGAUGACGAUGACAAUAAUGACAAUAACGAUAACAACGUUCGCCUUGACAAUGACGUUCCCGGCGACGUUAAGGUAUCUAAAAUGGUCCAAGUCGAAAUUCCCGAGAACGUACACGAGGUAAUUCAUAAGAAAAUGAGUAACGAGGUUAGAGAACAGCUCGACGAGGAUAUGGCUGCCGAGGACUUACGAGUGAAGGACACGGAGCAGGCAGAUGGCGCGCGUGACGGCGAAGAUGGCGCCACGGACUACGACGAUUCCCCGCCAUCGCCGCAGGCUAACAAACCUCUUCAGCCUGCACUGAUUCGCGAAUCGGAUAAUGUAGCAGACAGCGAAGAUUCCGAAGACGAGUGGGACUACUAUCGCAUUGAUCCAAACAAAGAGAAGAACUCUGCGACAUCUGUUGGCGAACCGCAGGAAACGAGAAGUGUGGAAGAAACCGCGACAUCAGAGCUACCUGUCCAAGAUACCGAGUCGAAAAUCCAGUCCGAAGGCAUAGAGGAGGAUAUUAAAUGCGAAAGUCCGAAAGAGGAAUCGCCCGAGGUUAUUAACACAGAGAUUAACGCCGAGGACAAAACAGAAGAUCUGGAGACAGUGGAAAAAUCUUGCGCAGAGGAGCAAGAAAAGCCGAAAGACAUGGAUUUUCAACUGAAUCCUAACGCAGCUGAAUUUAUACCUGUUUCACCACAAUUAAUAGGAACCACGAUGAAUCUUGUCAAGGAUUAUCCCGUUUCUGGAUCACCGUUCAAGCAAGUACCACAAAUGGACGACAUUCAAGUGCCCAGUCAGAGCGAAUUCGAAAAAGAAGUGUGCCAGAGACCAAGAGAAGUUGAAACUGAGGACAAGGAAUACCAAAACGGUGAUAAACAGUCGCGCCAGCGUAACUUCUGCACCGAUUUCACAGAUUUCUCGUCUGAUCGACAAUAUAGUAAUAUGGACAAUUCCGAAGUUUCAUCGAUGAAAGCUGAAUUUGGAGAUGAAUCCAUAGCUAGUUUCUUGACGGCAAAUGAAUCCCACAGAACAGGUACCUCUGCGAUAGAUGAGUCGUUUUCGAGCUCUGACCGUGAAUACGACAUUGCCAAGGACCCGAUGGCCAUGUCCUUUACACCUAGCGAUUUCGAAGCAGCAUUCGACAAAGGUGUCGACCUGAACGCUGUUCAUAAUUUGAGCAAUACCGAUUUGGAAGAACGAAACGGUAUCAUAGACAAAGAAGAGGACAGACUCAUUAUAGAAUUGCCUAACUUACAAACUGGCUCUGCCAAUUUAAUAAUUGUACCUAGUACUGCAGAGUCAGCAGAUAAGUCAACAUUACCAGAAGAAACCGCGGAAUUCGUGAACCUGUCUUCGCAACAGGAAGAUAACGAAGAUACUUUCAUCGAGCACGCGGAUGAAUCAAAGAUCAGCACGGACGACUUCCUAAACGUGCAAUCAGAUUCUGUUCAACUGGAACAGCAAGAAACUGGCCAAUACGAUCACUCUCCUUUGACUGAGAAUUAUUCUGCUGAAUUUGAGUCGGAAAAAGAAGCCAUAUCCGUUGAUAAUGAACAACCGCUAUCACCUUCCAGCGUUGACAUAGACGAAACGAAACCCAUAGACGAAGCGAGCGAGGAUGCGGCUGUUCCUAGUAGUGAUCUCCAGAAAGAAAUUUGCUCGAACGAAGCUGACACUCCUUCGUCGAUGUCACCAGUCCCUGAUGCAAUGGAAAGUGAUUUAACAGCUCCCGUGGAGAGUACAGAGGUUCAGUCUUCCAUACCAACACAAGUCUCAUUGCAUCCGACAGCGCCAGAGUUCUUCAUGCCUGGACAGUAUAAUCUACAAUCCUUUGGUAUCGAGAGCAGUAACGAAGUUUGUCAAUUAACGAAAGAAGUAACCGAUGUUAGUUCAACGUCACAGCCGGAAAUAAUUGAUACUUAUCAAGCAUAUUCGAUAGAAACCGGUAGUGUGUUCGAAGCAGUUAAGAAAGAUUCGAUUCCAGAUAUGCAAUUCGAUAAAAUGGAAGCCGAUGAACUAGUGUGCGCGAAUCCACCAAUUCAAAUGAAUUUAUUAGAUUUCGACGAAGAGCAAGUUUGCAUGAAACCACUUCAGAUCCAAUGCGAACUGACACCACCUCUUUCUCCCGAAGAAGAUAAAGAAAAACUUAUCGACGAUAUUACUUGUCCCAUCGAUUCGACUGUCGUUACUGAACAAAAAUCGGAAGUAAUCGAAUCGAAAGAAGUUCUAGACGAGACGACUGUUGUCGGUGUUACCGCGGAACAAGUAGUAAAAGCGAUGGAGGAAUCGGUAGAACCAACGAUACCAGAAACAGAGAAAAUACCAACCGAGGACGUAACUGUUAUCGAUGAUACCGCGGGGGAAGUAAUAAAAGCGAUGGAGGAAUCAGUAGAACCAACGAUGCCAGAAACAGAGGAAACAGCAGCAAAAGACAUAACUGUUAUCGAUGAUGUCGCAGAGCAAUCGGUAAAAGCGAUGGAGGAACCAUCAAAACUAAUAAUACCAGAAACAGAGGAAACUACAGCACGAGACGUAACAGUUAUCGAUGAUGUCGCGGAACAACUAGUGAAAACGGUAGAGGAACCAAUAGAAUCAACGAUGCCAGAAACAGAGGAAAUAGCAGCACGAGACGUAACUGUUAUCGAUGAUAUUGCGGAACAAACAGUAAGGACGAUGGAGAAACCGACAGAACCAACGAUACCGGAAACAGAGGAAACCACAGCACGAGACGUAACUGUUGUCGAUGAUAUCGCGGAACAAGUAGUAAAAGCGAUGAAGGAACCAAUAGAAUCAACGAUACCAGAAACAGAGGAAACAACAGCACGAGACGUAACUGUUACAGCUGAUAUCCCGGAACAAGUAGUAAAAAUGAUGGAGGAACCAAUAGAACCAACGAUACCAGAAAUAAGGGAAACAGCAGCACGAGAUGUGGAUUUAAUAAAAGAAGCUACUUUGAAUUUGUCCGAUUCUAUGCAGGAAUUCACAGGUUUGGAGAAUCAAUUACAGCCCAAAGAAGAAGAAGAAGAAAUCUUCAAACCCAAGAUUGUCGAAGACCUUCAAGAAGAAAUUGUAAAGAAACAGGAAUUGAAAGACGUCAUAGAAUCAGAGAAACCCUCGGAACCUGUAAUCGAUGAACUGUGUAUGAUACCAGAUAAGAAGGAGGUUCAAGAACCUCUGCAAGAAUUCAAGGAACCGGAAAUCAAAGAAUCAGAAAUUGAUCUAUUAAAAUACGGGGAACCGGAAAUGGAGCAAAAGAUCGAGCAUUUGGAAAUCAAAGAACCAACAGUUCAACAAUUUGAGGUUGAUGAGCUACAAAUCAAAGAGCCAGAAGUUAAAGAGCCAGAAGUUAAGGAAAUAGAAAUUAAAGAACCAGAAGUUAAAGAACCAGAAGUUGAAGUUAAAGAGCCAGAAGUUAAAGAGCUAGAAGUUAAAGAAUCAGAAGUUAAAGAGUCAGAAGUUAAAGAGCUAGAAGUUAAAGAGUCAGAAGUUAAAGAGUCAGAAGUUAAAGAGUCAGAAGUAGAAAAGGUGGUCGAAGUCUCAGAAAACAAAGUCAUUGAAGGAGCUGUACUUGCAGCAGCCGCAACUACAGCAGUCGCAGCAAGUGCAAUUGCAGCACAAAGCAAAACGAAAGCAAAACCGUCUACUACGAAAUCAACGAAAAGUACGAUGUCCAAAGCACCUAAAUCAACGCAAACGUCUCCCUCGAAAACCGCAGCUUACGCGACACGAUCGUCGACAACGACGACAGCAGCAGCAGCAGCAGCGAAAAAGCCAUCAACUACUGCGCCCUCUCGUCCAAAAGACCUAGACGCUCCGAAGAAGUCGACACUUUUAGCCACGACAACUAGCAAGCCAUCAGUUCCGAAGUCCUCUCCGAAAGUAACGACAUCGACUGCUGCAGCGAAGCCAGCGAGCAAAGCCAACGUCGGUACUGCUCCUAAACCAAAAGCUGCCACGACAUCAACUCCUUUCAAAUCAUCAGUUACCGACAAGAAACCAACCGCGAACGGCGACAUAAAGUCUCUAAGCAAACCAGCCGCAACCAAACCUCCUACGAAGUCACCAUCAGCGACCAAAACUACGCUAGUCAAAACAUCUACUACGCGAAUGUCCAGUGGAACAACGGCAACGACGAAGUUAAGACCCACUUCUGCCAGUAUGACCACAAAAUCUAGCACAGCUGCGAAACCAAGCGCUUCUCCCACAUCUACUGCCACCUCUGCCAACGCAACAGCCAAGGCUAGACCGAAAACGGCUCCAGCCGCUGCAACCACACCGAAAACUCGCAUGUCCUCCACGAAGGCUCCGAUAAUAGACAAACAAGUAAAGGAAACAGCCAACAAACAGAUUUCCAUGGGGCGAACUAGCACCGCUUCUGCAAAGACGACCCGUUUGUCUGCGGUCAGUUCAACCGCGAGCACGACUACGAUGAAACGCUUGUCCUCAGCGUCGAAGACCACCACGGCGGCAUCAUCGAAUAACAAGUCUACAACGGUAUCGAAAACUUCCAAGACCUCGUUGAGCAGAAAAACAACGUCUGACAAAGGGAAAGUUAUUGAAAACGGCGUAUCCGAAAACGUUGAGAUAACUGUAACGAUCGAGGAUGUGCCGAAGAAAGACCUGUCGCCAGUGAUCGCUCCAAACGACAACCAACUGAUCCACGAAAUGAGUUCCGAUUGAAUUAGCGGCACACGAGACCGGUUUCGAUCUUAGCUUUAUGUCAAUCGUACGUUACGCACCGAUAAACGUUACUCUUUCUUUAUCAGAAAGAGAACAUCAAAACAUCCGCUAAAAAGUAGUUUCUUAGGAAAUAUAUAACGAACCGGAAAGAGUUUUUACUAUAAUUAACGUAAAAUAUAUAAAAUAUAAUAUAUUAAUGUGUAUAUGUACCGAUGAAGUAAUGAGUCUGUUUAUCUAUAUUGGCGAAGAGAGAAAAUGUGCGAGAGAAUGAGAGCGAGUAUGAGAGAAAGAAUGAGUGACAGAGAGAGAGAGGGGGGGGGGGCGAGAAAAAGAG